GCCUGGGAGGUGUGUGACUCAGCACGACAUGUUGCAUUGACACUCAUUGGAAGACGUUUAAGGACGACUCAGGGAAAAUAAGACGCCGUUUUCUUUCACCCCACCCCUUGGAUCCGGAGCCGUUUGGACUCGACCGACUCGUCGCACUAACAGAGGAUGUACAGAAACGUAGGGGGCCACGGAAGAGGCAACCCGGUGUACGCAGGCGCAGCUUCCGGCUCCAACUCUGCUUCCCUGGAAAGCACCUGUAGCACCUCCACCACACAGCAGCAGGAACAGAAGUUCACCAUGGCGGGCAGCAGUCAGUUCGUACCCAGCCUCAACGCCAUCACGACCAACCAGGACCUCCAGUGGAUGGUCCAGCCAUCCCUCAUGCAUCCGCCCGGUCCUUCUCGCUCUCCGGUGCCCCCUUACCCAUCCCUCUCCGGGGCACGCCCGCUGGGUCCCCCGCCGCCGCACCCCCACUUCAUCAGGCCGGGGGUCAUAAGGGCGAGCGGCGCCAACGCAGCGUCGGCAUCGACCCGGCGCAGGAACGACGACUACAUGUCCCAAGAAGAGGCGGAGAGACGAAGAAUAAGAAGAGAGCGGAAUAAAAUGGCAGCAGCCAAAUGUCGCAAUCGUCGCCGGGAGCUGACGGACUCACUGCAAAAUGAGACCGACGAGCUGGAGGAGGAAAAGUCCCAGUUGCAAAAGGAGAUCGCCGACUUAGAAAAGCAGAAAGAAAAGCUGGAGCUGGUCCUCGAGGCCCACCGACCCAUCUGCAAGAUCGAGGACUCCGGCUCGGAUACGGAACCCGGCUCGUCGCUCUCGUCCUUGGGCAUCAAAAUGGAGCCCCAGGACUACAGCGGCAGACCGGGGCCGUCGCCAAAACAAGCAGUGAAGUCGGAGAAGCCCAAACCAAAGAUCACCAUCCUGACCAAGCCUGCGACGUCGUCGUUUUUGGCCCCCGCCUACAGCCAGGAGUCCGAGUCCCUGCACACGCCCGUCCUGGCCUCCACGCCCUCCCUCACCCCCUUCACGGCCAGCAUGAUCUUCACCUACCCACCAGCCGUCCCCGUCACGUCCGCCGGCGCCGCCGCCGCCGCGCUCCAGUGCAACUUCCCCGCGUCCCAAGCCCCGGAGCCUUGCGGCGUGGCGCACCGCCGCAGCAGCAGCAGCGGCGACCAAUCAGAUCACUCCCUGCACUCGCCAACCAUCCUCACGCUGUGACCGAGCAGCCGGCGAGUACGUCGCCAUGGAAACGAUUGUAACCACCAUUGCAUUUAAUCUUUUUCAUGUUUUUUGUUGGAAAAAAGCAUCAUCGUGACACAACUUGAUAGAGAUUUUAUACCAUAGAUCAGGGGUCACCAACGUGGUGCCCGCGGGCACCAGGUAGCCCGUAAGGACCAGAUGAGUAGCCCGCCGGCCUGUUCUAAAAAUAGCUCAAAUAGCAGCACUUACCAGUGAGCUGCGUCUAUUUUUUAAAUUGUAUUUAUUUACUAGCAAGCUGGUCUCGCUUUGCCCGACAUUUUUAAUUCUAAGAGAGACAAAACUCAAAUAGAAUUUGAAAGUCCAAGAAAAUAUUUUAAAGACUUGGUCUUCACUUGUUUAAAUAAAUUCAUAAUUUUUUUUUUUACUUUCCUUCAUAUAACUUUCAGAAAGACAAUUUUAGCGAAAAAAUACAACCUUAAAAUGAUUUUAGGAUUUUUAAACACAUAUACCUUUUUACCUUUUAAAUUCCUUCCUCUUCUUUCCUGACAAUUUAAAUCAAUGUUCAAGUAAAUGUAUUUUUUUUAUUGUAAAGAAUAAUAAAUACAUUUUAAUUUAAUUCUUCAUUUUAGCUUCUGUUUUUUCGGCGAAGAAUAUUUGUGAAAUAUUUCUUCAAACUUAUUAUGAUUAAAAUUCAAAAAAAUUAUUCUGGCAAAUCUAGAAAAUCUGUAGAAUCAAAUUUAAAUCUUAUUUCAAAGUCUUUUGAAUUUCCUUUAAAAUUUUUGUUCUGGAAAAUCUAGAAGAAAUAAUGAUUUGUCUUUGUUAGAAAUAUAGCUUGGUCCAAUUUGUUAUAUAUUCUAACAAAGUGUAGAUUGGAUUUUAACCUAUUUAAAACAUGUCAUCCAAAUUCUAAAAUUAAUCUUCAUCAGGAAAAAUUACUAAUGAUGUUCCAUAAAUUAUUUUUUUAAUUUUUUCAAAAAGAUUCGAAUUAGCUACUUUUUCUCUUCUUUUUUUCGGUUGAAUUUUGAAUUUUAAAGAGUCGAAAUUGAAAAUAAACUAUGUUUCAAAAUGUAAUUGUAAUUUUUUUCUUGUUUUCUCCUCUUUUAAACCGCUCAAUUAAGUGUAAAUAUCAUUAAUUAUUAAUAAUAACAUAGAGUUAAAGGUAAAUUGAGCAAAUUGGCUAUUUCUGGCAAUUUAUUGAAGUGUGUAUCAAACUGGUAGCCCUUUGCAUUAAUCAGUACCCAAGAAGUAGCUCUUGCUUUCAAAAAGGUUGGUGACCCCUGCUAUAAAUGUUUUAUACCUCUCCUUUGUAAGGGCUGGGAAUAUUUACAAAAUAAAUGUACCAUUUGCAAUUAACGACACAAUGUUACAUGACAUGUUAUACGAGGGAAUUAUUAUUAUUAUUAUUAUUAUUACCAAUUUGACAAAUUCUAAUAUUGCCUUAACGAUGUAUUGACCACUAAGGCUGGGCCGUAGGAGUUGAUAGAGAGUCGAUAUUUAUUUUUGAGAGUGUAAUAUAUUUUUUGAUAACAUUCUCUGGAGGGUGACAUUAAUGGGUGGGCAGUGCCUUACUUUGCAUCUUUUUAUCCGUGCUGUUUACAGAGACAAUAAAAGAA